CCCGCACCAUUCAUGUUUCCUGCCUUCAACCCCCCUUGUCUCUCUUGCAGUGAAAUAUGAACGGAUCAAGUUCCUGGUCAUCGCGCUCAAGAACUCGGUGGAGGUUUACGCCUGGGCCCCAAAGCCCUACCACAAGUUCAUGGCCUUCAAGUCCUUUGCUGACCUGCCUCACCGGCCGCUGCUGGUAGAGCUGACCGUGGAGGAGGGCCAGCGGCUGAAGGUCAUCUACGGCUCCUGCGCCGGCUUCCAUGCCAUCGACGUGGACUCAGGAAACAACUACGACAUCUACAUCCCUGUACAUAUCCAGUCCCAGAUCACGCCGCACGCCAUCAUCUUCCUGCCGAACACGGAUGGGAUGGAGGUGCUGCUGUGCUACGAGGACGAGGGCGUCUACGUCAACACCUAUGGGCGCAUCAUCAAGGACGUGGUCCUGCAGUGGGGGGAGAUGCCCACCUCCGUCGGUGAGGCUGGGAACGAUGGUGGUGGGGG